GUCGCAGAUUUUCUCUGUCCAUAAGGUCGAGUCAAGCAAAGCAGAAAGAAGGUCGUCAGCAGCAAGGCCAUUAAGUUCGAGCAGUUGAAGAGAGCAGGAUGGACCAAUGUUGAGAGGGAGGGCUUUCAGGAUCAGUUUUUUUGCCAAAACCUAUCGAACGACCACGUCUACAGCUCGGAGAAAGGGGCUGCUGUGCAUAUGAAACCGAAGAUUUGAACCAACUAGCGUAAUCACAGAGAAAUAAGACAUUUCGCAAGGACAACUGUUCAUUUUCAUACCGCUUUCUCUCGAUGCAACAUUUUCAGCACUCUAGCAGUAUGAUUUUAGUAGUAUAGAGUAUCAGUCACUGCGAUGCACUAGUAAUCUAUAGCAGUUAUUGUUUACAUAUUGAUAAACUUAAGUAUUCUCCUUUUCUCCUGGAGAAGUCAAAGUUCUCGUCGAUUUUGUACCCCAAAAUUUGUAGGCGCUAGUUUUUUUUUUAAGUGUGGUUAUGUUUUGAAAGUCACAAGAGCAGCCAAACUUUAUUAAGAUUAAUAAACGUGUUUUCAAAAGGACUCAUCGACAGAAGAAUGAUUUGGAGCCGGUUAACGGAGCUGUUGCUCCUAAUAUUUGUGUGCGCGCACAGAUCCUCCUCAAAACAAGACAUGAAACCUGAGGCAUGGCUUCAGCAAUAUGGUUACUUGCCACCUGGUGAUCUCCGCACACAUACGGCUCGCUCUCCUCACUCCGUCUCCUCUGCCAUUUCUGCAAUGCAGAGAUUCUAUGGCCUAAAAAUCACUGGUAACAUGGAUCCUGCAACUCUAGAGGCAAUGAAGAAGCCUCGCUGUGGCGUCCCAGACAAGUUUGGAGCCGAUCUUAAAAGCAACCUGAGAAAGAAGCGCUACGCAAUCCAAGGACUCAAAUGGGAUAAAAAUGAGAUCACAUUCUGCAUUCAGAACUACACACCAAAAGUUGGGGAAUACGAAACAUUUGAGGCGAUCAGAAAAGCCUUCAAAGUGUGGGAAAGUGUUACCCCUUUGCGAUUCCGAGAGAUCCAUUACAGUGACAUCAUAGACAAGGUUGAAAACAAUGCCGACAUUAUGCUCUUCUUUGCCGAUGGUUUUCACAACGACGCUAGUCCGUUUGAUGGCGAAGGAGGAUUUUUGGCUCAUGCUUACUUCCCAGGCAAUGGCAUAGGAGGAGACACACACUUCGACGCAGCAGAGCCUUGGACCAUUGGAAACCGUGACCUUUUGGGUAAUGAUGUGUUCCUGGUGGCUGUUCAUGAAUUGGGUCAUGCCCUGGGACUGGAGCAUUCAAAUGAUCCCUCCGCCAUCAUGGCUCCCUUCUACCAGUGGAUGGAAACCGAGAACUUUGAGCUUCCUGAAGAUGAUCGUAAAGGCAUUCAGCAGCUUUAUGGACCAAACACCGGAGGCCGUCCAAGACCACCUGUCACCCCGCAGACCCCCCACCACACUCCAUAUCCCACACCAUACAGGCCCGGAGGACCUAGCUUUGGUCCUGACAUCUGCGAAGGCCAUUUUGACACCAUUGGCAUUUUCAGAGGAGAAAUGUUUGUGUUUAAGGAUAAGUGGUUCUGGCGCGUCCGUAAUAAUCAGGUUAUGGAAAAUUACCCCAUGCCAAUUGGACAUUUCUGGAGAGGUCUGCCUACAGACAUUAAUGCUGCAUAUGAAAGAGAAGAUGGAAAAUUUGUCUUCUUCAAAGGGGACAGGCAUUGGGUGUUUGACGAAUCGAACUUGGAGUCAGGUUACCCGAAGACUUUGAGAGAGAUGGGCAGCGGUCUUCCAAAGGACAAACUGGAUGCAGCCCUUCUUUACACCCCAACAGGCAACACCUACUUCUUCAGAGGAAACAAAUAUUAUCGCUACAAUGAAGACACGCGGUCAGUGGAUCAAGACUACCCCAAACCUAUGAGUAAAUGGCAAGGCGUUCCAGACAACAUAAAGGCUGCCUUCAUGAGUCGAGAUCAAAGUUAUACCUACUUCUACAAAGCCAAUAAGUACUGGAAGUUUAACAACCAGUUAUUAAGAGUGGAGCCUGGGUACCCCAAGUCUGCGCUCAGGGAUUGGAUGGGCUGUCCUAAUGAAGACUCCAAUACAGGUGGUGGAGGCGGAGGAAGUGACCGUGAUCGAGAGCGGGAAAGAGAACGCGAAAGGGAGCGGGAAAGAGAACGCGAAAGGGAGCGGGAAAGAGAACGUGAACGAGAGCGUGAACGUGAACGAGAGCGUGAACGUGACCGCACACGUGACGAAGACAAGACUGAGGACGAGGGCAAAAAGGAGGAGACAGAGGUGAUCAUUAUCGAGGUUGAAGACGCACCCAGCAGCGGAGGAGGAGGAGUGGCUGCCAUCAUGGUGCCAUGCAUGUUGCUACUCUGCGUGAUCCUUACUCUCGGAGCACUUCUCUUCUUCCGCAGGUACGGCACACCGAGACGCUUGCUCUACUGCCAACGCUCCCUACUGGACAAGGUUUAAAUGUUUAAGAAGGGAUAAUGGAAGAAAGGGAAGGGGAGGAGAGGAGAGAAUUGAGAAUAUGGAAGAAGGGGACUUAGUAGCAAAGCAGAACCAAAAUGAGAAAAGCAAUUAAAAAAAAUGGUUUUGGUCAAAAAUUGACCCUUUGUUGUUUAUUUAAAAAAAUGAUGCCACUCAGACAAAUCUCUACAUUUUUAUAUUUUGUAAUUAGUGAUCUUGAACGUUUUGCUUUCACACUUGUGCCAAGUUCUUCCCGCAUGCUGCAUAAAGGCAUACGGUACUUUCACUUCAUCUCUCCCCUCUUCUCUCAAUGUCUUUCUCUUCUUUCCCUUCUGGUGUAGCCAAUGACGCCAGCUCAUCGCUGUUUGUUUAGCCUUUUGUAAAUGCAAUUUUAAAUUUGUGAUUGUUGUUUUAUUGUUGUCUGACUCAUUGUGAACUCUUUCCCUCUGUCGAAAACGCCAUUUGUCCCUAUCAGAAGACUUUGCACUUAUCUCAGGUUGCAGCCGAUGCUUCUCACAUUUCCAGCAGCCUCGUGCAACUUUUAUAUAACACUUUUUUUUCUCCAUGGUUUUCGAAUGUCAUGCCAUUUUACAGGGUUCACAGUGAUGAAAAAACCUGGAAGAAAAUUAGAAAUGGUUUCACUUUUGUGGAAAUUCAUAAAAACGAAUUAAACUAGAUUUGUGAUUGCUUUUUGUGAGUGUAAUUCCUGUUCAUUUUUUAAAAUUCCUUCCAGGAUUCAUGAACUAGAUAAGUCAGUCACAAGGUGCCAUACUACCACGGUAUUCUCUCUAGUACUAUAUAAAUACCUCAGUGCAUGAUGAAUAUCGUAAUCAUUCCAUACCAUGGUAUUGCCAUCGCUGUACCAUAGGACCAUCAGAGUAAUUUUGAAGUGCUCUCAUAUGCACAGUGUUACCAGAUAUCAUAAAAUAUUAUUUGCAUUGGCUCAUGAAAGGCAAUUCUUCACUAAAGCAACACAGGGUUCCACUCCCACCCCCUGCAGCUCCCAACUCAGGUUAAGAAACCAAAGUCUAUUCCAAAUAUAAUUGAUACUUAUCCCACUAACAAUGCCUGCAAAGCUGUGCUGUCUGUCUGUGUCCUCCAGUAGUAUGGCUUUAUAUUGUACUGUAUUUUUAAUAAUAACUAUUAUUGAUAAUGAUGAUGUCAUUAUCAUUCUGAUUAUUACUAUUUUUAUUGUUCUCCAUGUCAAGAAUGUGUUUUUUGAUUUGAACAAUUGUCAUUAAAAAUGUCCUGCUGGACAGGCAAUAAUGUAUGUCUUAUGAAGUGGCCUUAAUUUGGGGAAAAGUGAAUGGGUGGGUUUGUAUUUUUGAACUGAAAUAAAUUGUAAAAAUAUGUAAAUUAUA